AUGGAUCAGCUCUCCCCCACCCAUCUCGGAUUACUGUACAUGGCCCUGGGAGUGCUGGGCUUUGCGUGUAAUGCCACCACGGCCGUCAUGAUCAUAUCAAGGCGGGUGUUCCGUCUCUCGGCCUACACCAUGAUGGCCAACGUAGCCUUGGCCGACGCCAUGAUGACCGUCGUAGCGGGCAUUGUGUGCGGUUUUGUGACAGCCACUACUCCUGAACAACAAACCACAUCAAAACUGAUCGAAGUCGACCAUAACAUAUCAACCAUGACUGAACGGUGAGUUCUUAUACUUUAGUAUUUCUAUAGUAUUUUUAAAAUUUUUAAUAUCAAUUCAGUACCUUCUUAUGACAAUAAUAACCUUGACAUCAAGUGUAAUGUUUCAGCACUACCAGAAGCUUCAUCCCCACCCCGGAGCACUUUAUUCAAAUGAAUCUGGCAGGCAAAACUGACACUUCGUCAUCGCAUGACAUGCUCGAAGCGACGUUGGUCUUUCUGGAGAUCGCGUCAUGGAUAGCUGGUGUCGUCAGUUACGCUUAUCUGGGCCUUAACAGAUGCGUUGCAAUCUGCUUCUACGGCACCAAGGCCAAGACUUUUAAUCGGGUUACCGUCGCGAUUAUCGCAUCGAUAUCAACAUGGGUAGCUGGCAUUUUUGCAGGUAACUUUUCUUCAACAUUGUCACAUAAUUUAUUUAUAUUUGUAUAUGUUAUAGUAAGUUAGACGGUUUAAAAUAAGUGGAUUCAAAAUUAAUGUCAUAAGAUUAACUAACACAAUAUAGAUAAAGCUUUGGUUUUUUACGUGAAUAAGAUGUAAGUCACAUCAAAUUGUUUUAGCUUGUAUGGGUACAUUCACAUCGUCCGACUCGUCCAGUCCACUCGACAUGUGGUCGGUAAGCUUCACAACCAUGAAGCGGCCCCCUUCCACCGGCUUCAUCGUGUUCGUGGUGUCGAUAAACAUAAUCAGCGUCCUCCUCCAAUGGGUCUGCUCCACCCUGGUGUUGAUGAAGAUCCGCCAGGUCAAACAGAAAAUCAACAAGAACAAGCUGAACCAAAACAGUGCGAAUCGCUUCCGAAAACAGGUCGGGGAGGAGGCUAGGCGAAAAUACGAUUUCCUUUCUUUCAGGCUCGGCUUACGUUCCAAUUCUUCUACCCGUCCUUGUUGUGCACCAUCUCCUCGACCUUAUACUUUGCCAAGCCCUACAUGCGCGAAGUGUUGUCAGAGACGCAUUUCGUGAUAUUACACAUGGUGAGGGUUGCAAACAUUACUUUUUUUCUAUUUUUAACCUCACUUCUUUACUACUCUACUGUAUGUAACACAGAACAAUGGUUAGCUUCUGUAUAUUACAGUACACUCAUGAUUACACGUUUAAAAAUAACUCUUUCAAUAACAACCCCCUCAGAAACUGAUUACAGAGAUUAGUAUCAUAGGUUCCAAAAUAGUUACAAUACAAACCCCUGCGUAAGCAGUAACCUUUGCCUCAUUACCCUAUUGCUACGGUAAUUUGGGCCUGUUUUUGUAAACAAUGUAAUUAUCUCUUGUCAUGACAACUCGUUGUAAUCGUGUAAUUACCAGAUAUGGCUCUCGAACCAUUUGUGCAACCCCUUUAUUUAUGCAUAUUUCAACGAACGGAUGCGACUCACAUAUCACGAGAUACUCUCAUGUGCACGAAUACGCUACUACAUUAAGAAACAGAGGAAGCAGCGCGGAUUCCAGAGACAGAACAGUCGAGCCACAAUGUCCAGGUAUCAGUCUAACUGCACAAUAUCGUUGAACACCUGAGUUCAAAGUUAAAAAAGCAAAAUAAUAGUAGGAAAACAAGUUUUGCCAUGUUGUUUACAUAUUAUUAUAAAAAUGUCCCUCCAAAUAUGCAAAUCCAGCCAUCCUAACACAAUAUUGUUUAGAAGAUCCCACGGUGCCAGAUCCAAUCGUAUGUCCACGAGAUCGGCCAAAUCACAAAGAAAUGGCAACUUUGUGAGGAACAGUCUCCAGAUGCAAAGCCGUGACUUCGAGCAGCUCUGUGAAUUCAUGAUGCGAGUGAAUCCCUUGUACGACAGCAGUGAAGGCUGGAGGGAGAGCAGCGACGAAGACGAGAAAGAAUCCGUGGAUCGGCCGAUGGAGACCAGAAGUGAAGGGCUACACGUUCAUCGUGAGUCUCGAUCCAUUGUUCUGGAUUUGGGACGGCAGACCGUGGAACAUUGGGCACGGUUCGCCAAGAAAGCGAGUAUUUGA